UCCCAAUUAGUAUGGCCUCCAAUGUUUCCUUAUCUCUUCCACUCUCUUACCUCCCUGUUCCUCCAUUGUACCUCCCUUCCCCCUCUCUCUCUCUCUCGAAAAAGGUAAACACUGCAAAAAUUAAAAGCCUAAAAUCCCAUUUGACCAACAUGCACAGAGCUUAGUGGGUGUUUCUAUAUCUUUCAGUGCCUUCUUCUGUGUUUCUCACAAACCGAAGAGAUGAAGAGAGAACACUGCCAUAGCUCUGCAACUGCAAGUCAGAACAAUUCCAAACCAGAAUACCCAUCACCGCCGUCUUCCACCCUGAACGGCAAGGCCAAGAUUUGGGUAGAUGAACAAGGCUACAGCGGCAGCGGCGGUAUGGACGAGCUGCUUGCCGUUUUGGGAUACAAGGUUCGGACCGACGACAUGGCCGACGUGGCCGAGAAGCUCGAGCAGCUCGAGAUGGUCAUGGGGUCGGCUCAGGAAGAUGGGAUUUCUCAGCUCUCUGACACCGUCCAUUACAACCCGUCCGAUCUCUCCGGGUGGGUCCAAAGCAUGCUCUCUGAGCUCAACACCGGCGAUGAUAUGCCCUCAAUCAGUGGCCCUCUUCUCGCUCCAGGGGAGUCCUCGACGAUAACGUCGACGAAAUUCUGCAAUUCCCAGCGGACUCGGGUUUUCAGCGACGAUUCCGAAUACGAUCUCAGGGCUAUUCCUGGCGUGGCGGCGUACCCGCCGGCACAUUCGUCGACGGAGACCGAGAGUACGAGAAAGCGAUUGAAGACCUCAAUUGGGUCUAAUUCCGGCGGGAUUGAAGUCUCCGGCGCUGUAUCCGACCCGACUCGGCCUCUGGUCCUGGUUGACUCACAAGAAACCGGCGUCCAACUCGUCCACACACUCAUGGCCUGUGCUGAGGCUGUCCAGCAGGAAAACUUAAAGCUUGCAGACGCGCUUGUGAAGCACGUGGGCCUACUCGCGGCUGCCCAAACCGGAGCUAUGAGGAAAGUCGCCACGUACUUCGCUGAAGCUCUGGCUCGUCGGAUUUACCGAAUAUACCCUCAGGAUUGCCUCAAUUCUUCCUACUCGGACAUUCUCCUGAUGCACUUUUACGAGACCUGCCCUUACCUGAAAUUUGCCCACUUCACUGCCAACCAGGCAAUACUCGAGGCUUUUGCCACGGCGACCAGAGUACACGUCAUCGAUUUCGGGCUUAAACAGGGGAUGCAAUGGCCAGCGCUCAUGCAGGCGUUGGCACUAAGGCCCGGCGGCCCACCCGCGUUUCGCCUGACAGGUAUUGGGCCGCCGCAGCGCGAUAACACCGACGCGCUGCAGCAGGUGGGAUGGAAGUUGGCUCAAUUGGCAGAAACUAUUGGGGUCGAGUUUGAAUUUCGAGGAUUCGUCGCCAGUAGUCUGGCUGACCUCGAGCCGUCUAUGCUCGACAUCCGUCAGGACGAGGCCGUGGCGGUGAAUUCGGUUUUCGAGCUUCACGGCCUCUUGGCUCGAGCCGGGGCGGUGGACAAAGUGUUGUCAUCAAUCAAGGCCAUGAAGCCUAAAAUUGUGACUAUUGUGGAGCAGGAGGCGAACCAUAACGGGCCGGCUUUCUUGGACCGGUUCACGGAGGCAUUGCAUUAUUAUUCAAGCUUGUUUGACUCUCUGGAGGGAUCGUCCGGGCCGAGUCAAGAUUUGGUCAUGUCGGAGGUCUAUUUGGGUAGGCAGAUAUGCAACGUGGUGGCAUGUGAAGGUGGGGACCGAGUUGAGCGACACGAGACGCUGACUCAGUGGCGAGGCCGGAUGGACUCCGCCGGGUUCGACCCAGUCCACCUCGGAUCGAACGCGUUCAAGCAGGCUAGCAUGCUGCUUGCUCUUUUCGCCGGCGUAGAUGGGUAUCGGGUGGAGGAGGACAAUGGGUCUCUCAUGCUCGGGUGGCACACGCGGCCGCUCAUAGUCACCUCGGCUUGGAAGCUGGCGAGCUCAACGGAUUGAGUGAAUGAGUCAGUUUCAGUCGGUUCAGCGGCGGUGAUUGAUUGAACCACCGGGCACCACUGUGACCAUGUGAGUUGUGAAUUGUCAGUAGGGUGAGUGGGGACUACAAUGAAAGUGAAACUGUGAAACCAAUCCAAUCGAAUCAAGUGGUGUAAACUGUGUAGUUGUAAUUGUAAUGGUAGUUUUUUUUUUCAUUUUCUUUAUGGGCCCUUUUGCACAAGUUCAAGUUGUAGAGUCCUUUCGACAAGGGGGAUGAAUGAAUCAUUGUGAUGAUGUGUAACUAUCCAUCUUUUCUUGAAUAAAAUGAUGAGCAUUGAUUCUUGAA